UGUGACCAGUAUGACGCUUACGCAGCUAUUCUCUUUUCUCAUUGGCUGACGUCCUGACGCUGUGCUGUGCGUGCGUCCGUGCGUAGGCGCUUCCUCAACUUGCCUAGCAGAAACAGCAGAACUAGAAGAUGUUGGUCUUGGUAUUAGGUGACCUGCACAUCCCCCACCGGUGCAACACCCUGCCAGCCAAGUUCAAGAAGCUGUUGGUCCCGGGGAAGAUCCAGCACAUUCUCUGCACAGGCAACCUCUGCACCAAGGAGAGCUAUGACUACCUGAAGACCCUCGCUGGAGACGUCCACAUAGUCCGAGGAGACUUCGAUGAGAACCUGAACUACCCGGAGCAGAAGGUGGUUACAGUGGGCCAGUUCAAGAUCGGUCUCAUCCACGGACACCAGGUGAUCCCCUGGGGCGACAUGGCCAGUCUGGCGCUUCUGCAGAGGCAGCUGGAUGUCGACAUCCUCAUCUCUGGGCACACACACAAGUUCGAGGCAUUCGAGAACGAAAACAAGUUCUACAUCAACCCGGGUUCGGCCACAGGAGCCUACAGCGCACUGGAAAGCAACAUCAUCCCCUCUUUUGUAUUAAUGGACAUCCAGGCGUCUACGGUGGUGACGUACGUUUAUCAGCUGAUCGGCGACGACGUCAAGGUGGAGAGAAUCGAGUACAAGAAAUCUUAAAAGGGCGGCAUUAAGAGGAGGAGGAGGAAGAGGAGGAAGGGGAGAGGAGUUGGGUUAACGUGGCUCAGUGUAUCGUUUCAUUCCUUUCCACCAGGGGGCAGCAAGCAGCUCCCCUGCAGUCACCACAAUGUUAAUGCUGGAACAAACUGUUCAGUAACUUAACUCUAAAAGAACUAUGUAUUAUAUUGUUUAUAUGUCAUCAGCAUUUGCUUGUAUCCAAGCUGUCAUUUGGUAACUGUAGAGAAUGCAAUAAUGUCACAUGUAUUUGUUAUCAGAAGAAAUAUUUGGUGCCAUUUUCAUUUUGUUUUGUUGUUUCUUUUUCGCCCUCGUCAUGUCCUCUACAUGUAAACAACAGGCCUUUAGCUUCAUGUAGUCGGCCUUCUUUCAUGCAUUUCUUCCCCACAAUAAAGACAUAAUUUCACUCCA